CGUCGUCCCGGUCGGUUUUCUUCUUGCUUGUGGCUCACUCUGUGGCACCAAAUUCUCAGAGCUCAGUGUCCCUCAAUGGCUCUAGGGAUCUGAAAGCACCAAAUUUACAAAGAAACCCAAACAGAGCGUAACAAUGGAGUACAGGACACUCAAAGAUCAGGAUCAAGACGAAUCUUCAGCCCCCGGAGACCUCGAAAGCUUGCGGGGCAAGCCAAUUCCUGCCGUCAGCCCAGUGGAGCUCUCCAAGUGGAAGCUCAAGUCGGCUGUUACUAUAGCUUUGACCGUUUUGACCAGUUCACAAGCAAUAUUGAUUGUGUGGUCGAAGAGGGCCGGCAAGUAUGAGUAUAGUGUCACCACUGCAAAUUUCUCGGUGGAGGCUUUGAAGUGUGCAAUAUCGCUUGCUGCUUUGGCGCGAAUCUGGAGGAAUGAAGGUGUUACUGAAGAUAACAGGUUGAGUGCAAAACUGGAUGAAGUUAUUGUAUAUCCCAUUCCGGCAUUUCUUUACCUAGUCAAGAAUUUGCUUCAGUAUUAUAUAUUUGCGUAUGUGGAUGCUCCGGGUUAUCAAAUACUGAAGAACUUCAAGAUUAUCAGUACUGGAAUUUUGUACAGAAUCAUACUCAAGAGAAAGUUAAGUGAGAUCCAACGGGCCGCUUUCAUUAUACUAUGUGCAGGGUGCACUACGGCACAACUGAACCCAAAAGAAUAAAUGUCGUAAAGAUUGUCAUCGAAACUAUUCAGAAUAUAAUUCUUGCAACAAAACUCACAAUGAUUCCAAGCUUCAAUUGCCAUGACAGUCUCUUUCGUCAUCGGAUUCUUAUUAGACUUCGGAGCUUCUUCCUUGACAACAUGAGCGAGAUUCAUAGUUGUUAGGAAAAACAACAUCAUCUGUUGCCAUCUCUUGAAAUCCAACCCUUUGGACUUCUCAGGCUUUUCAAAGUAUUUUGGCACAGCGCCAUUCACAUUCACAGAUUGUUGAUCCAUGAAUUUCUGUUUCAAGAUUGUUGGAGAUAUGUCAACAAUCAAUGAUAAAUUGAAAUUUCGUCUCUGCUCAGUGCUUGUAGUUCUACGAACGUCUGCUUCAUCAGGAUUCAACGAUCAAGUCAAAACUCCAACACCGGAAAACUUGACUUCUGGCAAAUUUAUGUGCGGUUUUCUCAGAAAGGAUAUUUAAGAUUGUAGAAGAAGAAUGUUGAUUUUCUAUAUCCUAAAUGCUAUGCAGAAUGAUGUAUAUAUAGUUGUA